GUCACACUGAUGGUAUUUGUCAACGGCCUAGCCGCGGUCACACUGGCGGCAAAAAAAAAAAAAACGGAAUCAUAUCGCGGAAAAAAAAACGCGACCAAGCCGCAUUUUGUAAAUUAAGUCCGAUUUAGCACCGAUUUUACGCCGUUCAGAAAAUUAGACAAGUUUGUGCAAAGGAGAACGUGAGAAAGGAAUCGAAAAGAACAGCAAAGAAAAAGGCAUACAUACAUACGCACGUACACACGUCUCGGUGCGAAGGAAUAUAUGUAUCCGUCUGGGGGUGUGUGUGUUUGUGUGCGCUGCAGCAGCUUCUAGGCGAGAAGGAGAGAGCGAUAGAUUCCCGACUCGCGACUUUUGGAGCGUCCCGAGAGCAAGCGAGAGAGCGAGAGCCAUGGACGGCGUUUGGAUGUUUUUGGGGAACAAAGGCGUCAAGAGCUAAAAUGAUUUGCCACAGCCAACGUGAUAUAUUUCGGAUACGCAGCCAAAGCCAAGCCAUCCAAAAACAAUUCCAAUUUAAGUCCAGUGUGUCGCCGUGUGUAUGUGUAUGUCUUGACAAAAAGCCGUGGAAAAAGACGCACGCACACAAGCACACAGCAGCAGACAAAGCAUCGUUUUGGGAGUGCGAGCGAGAGGCAAGAGCGCCUUAGUGAAUAAUUCAUUUAAGACUGUCCUGCAGAAUGGUCGUCGGCUCGAAUCACACGCGGCGCGGUGAAACUGGCAGCAGAUUUACAAAUAGCAGCAGCUCCAGUGGCUCAAACGGUGGCUCCACCGCUUCGGCCAGCAGCACCACCAGCGCAACGUCUUCACUAGCCACCAAUUCCACGACGACGACGACGGCGGCGGCGGCAGCUUUGUUGUCGUCCAUGUCCCACAAGCACCAUGGCCCGCCGCCUUCCGCACCGCCGUCUGCGCACCACCAGGCGAAUCAGCAGCAGCAGCAGCACCACCACCCACAUGCCCACUUUCAGCAGGCGAGUCAGCAGAACAUCCAGCACCAUCACUCGCAUCACUCCUCGAAUGGCAGUGGCAAUGGCAGCGGCAAUGGAGGAGGAGGAGGAGGAGGAACUGCAGGAUCUGCAGGAACUGGAUCGGUGGUCAGUGGACUCAAUGGCUGCAACGGCAGUGCCGUCAGCCGCCUGUCCCAAUCCACGGGCAUGUCGCCUCGUGAACUCUCCGAGAACGAUGACCUGGCCACAUCGCUGAUCCUUGAUCCGCAUCUAGGUUUCCAGACCCACAAAAUGAACAUACGCUUCCGCCCGCUGAAGGUGGACACGCAGCAGCUGAAGGCCAUCGUGGAUGACUUUAUCCACACGCAGAACUACGAUGUGGCCAUUCAGCGCAUCUACGAUGGUCCCUGGAUACCGCGUCAUCUCAAGAACAAGAACAAGAUCGCCACCAAGCGGCUACACGAUCAUAUUGUGCGUUACCUGCGCGUUUUCGACAAGGACAGUGGCUUUGCGAUCGAGGCCUGCUACAGAUAUUCACUGGAGGAGCAGCGCGGGGCCAAGAUAAGUUCGACGAAACGCUGGUCAAAGAACGACAAGAUCGAAUGCCUGGUGGGCUGCAUUGCUGAGCUGACGGAGGCCGAGGAGGCCGCCCUGUUGCACUCGGGCAAAAAUGACUUUUCGGUGAUGUAUAGCUGCCGCAAGAAUUGCGCCCAAUUGUGGCUGGGUCCGGCUGCCUACAUAAAUCACGAUUGUCGGGCCAAUUGCAAGUUUUUGGCCACCGGCAGGGACACCGCGUGUGUGAAGGUACUGCGCGACAUCGAAGUGGGUGAGGAGAUAACCUGUUUCUAUGGCGAGGACUUCUUUGGGGAUUCCAAUCGCUAUUGCGAGUGCGAGACGUGCGAACGACGCGGCACAGGCGCCUUUGCCGGCAAGGACGAUGGCCUGAUGCUGGGUCUCAGCAUGGGACUCGGUUUGGCCACCAGCGGACCCGGUAAUAAUGGUGGCUAUCGCCUGCGCGAGACGGACAAUCGGAUUAAUCGCAUCAAGAGCAGGGCCAACUCCACGAACAGCACGUCGAACAGUAAUAGCAAUACAAAUGAUUCCACUGGCACCAGCGAGAGUAGCAGCACGAAUGGAGGAUUAAUGGUUUCCGGCGGAGCAGCAGCAAUUGGAGGAGGAGGAGCAGCAGCAGCAGCAGCAGCAGGAGCCACUGGAGUAGCAGUGCCUGUGGCAAUGCAGCCAUCAACUGGCGGCAAGGAGGCCACUGCCGCUGUCUCCCUGCUCGAAAAGAAACUGCCCAACGUUGUGGUUUCCCCGCUGACAAUGAAGGAGCUGCGCCAAAAGGGCAUGACCAAGUACGAUGCCGAGAUGAUAAUGGCCAAUGCAGCCUACCAGCAGCAGCACCAUCAUCAGCAUCAUUUCCAUCACCACCAUCAUCAUCAUCACCAUCACCAUAAUCAUGGCCAGCACGCAAGCACUGGAGCCGAGGCCACGGCGGCUGUGCAACAAAUGGCAGCCAUGCAGAAGCCAGGAGGCGGAGUCGCUGGCGUUGGAGGAGGAACAGGAACAGGACCUGGAGGAGCAGGAGGCGGAGCAGGAGGAGGAGGUGGUGGUGGUGGUGGUGGUGGUGGUGGUGCUGGAGGCGCAACAGUGGGCGGCGGCGGCGUGGCCGGCGGAGCGGGCUCCGAGGUCAAUGGCGGUCGUUCCAGCAGUCUUCGCAAAUCGAUGCGUGUAAAUAGCACCAGCAGCAGCAUAUCCACCGCCUCCACGGACGAGGUGGUGGCCCCGGCGGUGGUCGUGGCCAGCAUUCCACUGCCCACCAAGGCGCCGGUGGUCCUUGUGCCUCGAUGCAAGCCCGCCCAAUUGGCCAUUGCCGCACUGCACCAGCGGCAGCAACGCCAGUUGCGACGUAGCGAGCGCCAGAAGGAGAAGCUCACGGACAGCGAGAGCAGCGACACCAGCAGCGAACAGCAGAAGAGGGAGCAGAAGCACCAGCUGCAGCUACAGCAGCAGCAGCAGCAGGAUCACCACCAGUUGCCGCCGAAAAUGUUUAUCCUAGCGGAGGAAGCACAUCCGGAGAAGGCGGAGGAGAAGCAACAAGAGCAGCAGCAGCAGCAGCAGGAGAAGCGUGUGACGCGUAAUAGUGCGGGAAGAGGAGGAUUGGUAGCCGGAUUAGCCACUGCCCAUAACAAUAACAUUGCAACCACAACAAAUAGCAGCAACAGCAGCAGCAGCAGCAGUAGCAACAACAAAGCAACAACGAUUACAAAUUGUAAUAAUCAUAAUAGUAAUAAUAACAGUAGAAUUAAUCAUAAUUCUAAUCUUAGCGGUAGACUUAGUGUUAAAUCGAAGAAGCCAGCACCAAGUGAGGCCUCGUCCACACCCUCAUCCACAUCCACAUCCACAUCCUCAGAAAAUCAGCAGCAGCAGCAACAGCAGCAGCAGCAGCAGGCAACGCGUCGCAGUCGCAGCCCGAGUCCCGCCUACAAGAAGAACCUUUUGGCCAGCUUCGAUCCCGUUCCUCCCUCCAAGGAGAAGCAGCCAAGGAACGAAGAAGGAGGUAUCAAUCAUCCGCCGGUCAAAAAACGGAGUCGAAGAGCAGCCGCCCUGGCAGCGGCACAGAGUAUACAUUGCGAAGCACUGGGCGGCUUCUCAUCGGGCUCCACUGGUGGCCAGCAGCGGAAGAGAACACAGCCGCUGGAAGCUGCCGCCACCUCAUCGUUAUCCUCAUCCUCCUCCGCCGCCGCCGCCCCCAGCAGCAUUGGCAAUGUGGAACCCCUGCUAAAGACGCCAGAGCGCAGGCUGAAGCUAACGCUACGCAUGAAGCGUUCACCGAUCCUGGACGAAGUUAUUGAGCUGGGGACGAGCCUGAGCAACGGCGGAGCUGGCCGAAGUGCAGCGGCAUCUUCGCAUCGCGGCGGCAGAGGAGAUGGAUCGGAUAGAGCUGCGCUGAAUCUAACUGCCAGCAGCAGUUCCAAUGGCAUUGAGUACGAAAUCCUGCGCAUGGAGGGCAUUUCCGAACAUGGCAACGAUGACGAUGACGACGACGACGACGAAGAGGACGACGAGCAGGAGCAGCAGCAGCAGCAGCAAGUGGACGCAGAGGAUGAAGAUGAGGAGCCAGCUGCCGAGGAAGAGGACGAGCCGCCGCCAAAGGAGGAGCAGCAACUGCCCACCAAGAAGCAGAGGAAGAAACAGCGCAGCCGCAGCAGGAGCAGCCAACGCAGAUCGCCAGCGCCGAGCAGUAGCAGUGUGUAUGGCACACCGCAGAAGAAGCGACUGCGUCUGAUCUUUGGCAACGAAUCGCACACCAUAGACAUUCCACCAGCAGCAGGAGAGGGAGGAGCGGGCAGCGGCACGGAUGAGCUAAACAGCAGUGGCGGCGGCAACGGCGGUGGCGAUGAGUCCUUCAAUGCCUCGUACGCCAGCAGCACUAGUUUGACGGUCAACACCUCCUCCAGCAGCACCAGUUCAUCGGGCGGAGUGGGAGAGGGAGAGGGAGGAGCCACCUCAUCCUCGGCCGAAGCAGUGGACUCCUCCACCGUGGGCUGCCCACCCAUUGCUGCCCAAUCGCCGUCAUCCACCACCAACAGCAGCUCCUUUCAAUCGGCCUGCACAUCGACCACCAGCAGCAAUAGCUAUUUUCCCAAUGGCAAGCAGCGUGCUGCUGGCGAGGAUUCCUAUGCGAUGCACUACUAUCAGCUGGGCAAAUUCGCUGGCACCUCGAGUCCGGGCCAGGGACAGGCCAUUGUCAGCAGCAGCAGUGGAUCGGGAGCGGGAUCAGGAGGAGGAGGAGGAGGAGGAGGAGGAGGUGGAGCUGGGGCAGGGGCUGGAUUCCUGAGCAUGCCGAAGCACACUUUUGGCACCUGCGCCCUCCUGGCGCCCACCAGUUUUGCCAGUCUGCAAAAUUCGCCGCAGAUAGGCCAGCAGAAGUCCAGCGGUGGCGAUGGCGCCGGAAUGGUGGCCACAUCCACCUCGACAGGCCCAUCCAUUGCCUUGCAUCAUCAUCAUAACAGCCAUCAUGGCCAGAAACUGCCAUUGCCAAGAGAAGAAGAGAAAGAGGAGGAGGAGCCGGAGGAGGAGGAGAAGAAGCCAGGACAAGGAUUUGGAGAGAGCAGGGCAUGCUAUUUCUAUGAUUCUGCGCGAUCAGAGGGAUUCUUAGUGCUGCUCCAGCUGGAUUUAGUGGCCAUACUUCUGGAAGUCCCACUCGCGGUUGUCCAGCGGACAGACCUGGCGGGUUUUCAGCCACCGCGAUAUGCAGUGGAAGUGGAAGGCGUGAUUGCAGACGCCCCAGGCCACGGUGCACUCCUCGCUGGUGGCGGAUGCCUGAUUCGCCUGGCACUCGAUGCACAGGUCCAUGAUGUGGUUGCGGCAAAUGGCGCAAUUGUCCACCACGAUGUCUGCGGCGAUUGGAUGCGGGAAUGGGAAAAUGAUUCUCCAAUAUGCCUCAGUUGCUAUAAAAACCUGGUGAACUUGUAUAAUACGAAGAACAAUAAUGCCAAAAAACACCAGGAGCGAAGGAUUGCAGAGAGUGUUACGGAUGCGAGUGGCAGUCAAAGUUCCCAGGGGACCACGACCUUCUUCGCCAGGCUACAAACUACAAAUAAUAAUAAUAAAAGUUCCGCCGAUGGAUCACUGAAUGCCAUAAGAAGUGCACCACUGCCCACAGAAAACAGGAACUCCUCUGUACGAAAUGCAGCAGUUCCGCAGUCCACAUCACAAUACAUAAAUGACGACGACGAUCCCAAUUCCAAUUUAAGUAUGAAUGCAAUAAACGGCACACGAUUGCCCCACAUUCAGCCCAUUCCGAGAAGACGACCCACGACGAUCCUCAAUAAGGAAUCUAUGGACAUUUAUCUACAAGGCACCACUGGAGGUCGCGUCCAGAUAUAUCCACCCGAUCUCUGCGCGAACAAACUCUCCACAUACUUGGUGCUGGCCUGGACCUUUGGCGUCUUCUGCGCGGGCCUCUUGAAUAGAGAGCGACGAUUCCGGGCUCCGGUGGUUCCGCCCGGUCCAGCUGGCCCGGAUUUGCCAUGUUUGUUGGUGUUACUGGGAUGGGCGCCGGCACUGGCGAGAUGUGUAGAGCUACCGGUGGAACCAUUCGGCCCGUUGUUGUGGCCAUUCGACUGGCUAUUGCUGCCCCCGGGAUUUCCCUUGCCCGUUUGCUUGGCCUUGAAGCGCGUGCUCUUCCGCAGACGCUUCAUAAUGGUUGGCGUUCGGUUGGCGGUGGUCACCUGGCUACCCCCCUGGCUGCCAUUCAGGCUGCUGCGUGUAAUCUUGCCCGCCGGACGCUGCUGGAUGGGAUUUGGCGGUGCCUCCGGCGAACUGGGUGCGAUUUCCUCUUGGAUUUGUGUUGAUGGCAGCUUCAAUGGCUUGUCAUCCUCUUCGAUUUUAAUGGUCGCCGACACCGGCGGACUGGGCGGUUGGAUGGGCGAUGGUUCCAUGGACUCCUUUGGAUUUUCGCGGGAGCAGGGGAAAGCUGAGGGAUUUGGGGGAUGGGCCACAGGAUCAACUGGGUGGCCCUCGUCAGCGGAAGACUCCUUGUGCGCGGACUCCUGGGCGUCGGAAUCGGCGCAAUGGCUACUCUCGCCGGCCAUUUGGUCGGGAUCGGUGGACAUGUGUAUUAGAAUCGGGUUCGGAUCGUGUAAAAUGGAUUUCGGGGCGCUGCUGCACUACGCGAAGAAGAAGAACGAUGCGGCCACCAAGGACGAGCGCCCCGGACAGGGCAAAUACUACAGCACCAAGUAUGCGCCACCCAAAAAGGAGUCCAAGGAGUCCAAGCAGCUGUCCAACAACAUCCAGAAGUUCCUACGCAAAAAGGAGGCGGAGGAGGCGGAACGGAAACGCGAGGAGCGCCAGAAACUCAACGAGCUGAUGGCCAAACGGGACGAGAAGUCCAAGAACAAGAUUCGGAAAAUGCUCAAGGUGACCAAGUCGGCGAACAAGUCCGUGCUGGAGGAUGCCAAGGACUGCGAAGGAGCAGCCAAUGGCCACGAGGCGGGCGAGGGUCAGGGCGAUGACUACGGCUAUGUGUCCAACGAGGCGAACGCCUUCUACGAGAAGUACAUCGAGAAGGUGCGGGAUGUGCAGGAGGACAAGGGAUUUGCCCCGAGCAGGCCGCAAUCCCUGCGCGAUCUUUCCGGCACCAAGGAGCGCGUCAAGGCGGCCAUUACCCGGGAAAGGGAGGAGGCCAAGAGCCACACCCGCCAGAGGAGCAGCACCAGCAGCAGCAGCAGCAGUACGCCAACCUCGUCGUCCAGCGCCUCCAAGUCGAGGGAAGCCCAUGUGGCCCGUUCCUAUGGCACGUCCAGAACCCUCUACGAUCCGGAAGCCGAGAAGCGCGAGGAGGAGCGCAAGAAGCGGCAGGAGGAGGAGCAGCGCCGGGCCAAAAUGAAGCGACCAGCCCAGCCGCCACCCAUGGACUUCCAGGCACUCCUCCGCUUGGCCGAGAAGAAGCAGCACGAACCGGUGGUCUUCGAGCCCGAAAAGAAGAAGGAACCGGAGCGCCUGCUCUCCGCCCGGGAGAAACGCGAAAUGGAGGAGCGCCAGCGGCAGAAGGAGCAGCGCGCCCAUCGCGACAAGAUGCGGGAAAGCGACGGCAAGGAGGCUUCAGCACCCAAAGCAUCCACCACCAAUCGCAUGGAGCCCAAUGGACGCAUACCCAAACUCAACCAAGCCAGGCCAGCGAAUCCACCAAGUGAAAGCUUCAAAAAGCCAGCUCCACCGCCAGCGAAAACCAGCUCAAGUUCCUCCGGCUCCUCUGGCUCCUCUAGCUCCUCCAGUUCCAAUGCCCAUUCCUCAACUAGCCGUAGUCAUGCCUCAAGUAUAAAGCCCGCCAGUAAGACAGCUCCUACGGUGGCCAAGCCAGGAGCAACUACAGCGGCGGGGAAACCCAGCUCCAGUUCUGAUAGGGAUGCCCCCUCCAAGAAUCCCUAUGCGGCGGCCAUCAAAAACGGAGCUGUGCGGGAGUUUCCGCCCCGGGAUCGGCCUGCAAUCCCGCCAUCCAGGGAUCGUUCCGCUCCUGCGGCUAGAGAUCGCCCCCCUCCUUCGCCGGCCAUGGGCAAAACGCGACAGUUUCCGCCAGCGGAUGUCCAGAGAUCAUCAUCGGGCGGCAGGCAAUUCCCGCCGGCCGAUGUCAAGAGGCGGAAACCCCAAGAACAGCCAGCCAAUAAAAGACGCAUUUACGACGACGACGACGAGGAUGAGUACGAUUCCGAAUUGGAUGACUUCAUUGACGAUGGCGACUGCGAGGAGGACAUAUCCUCGCACAUCCGCGACAUCUUUGGCUAUGAUAAGCGGCGGUAUCGAGGCAUGGACGACGAUGAUCGGGGGAUGGAGUCCAGUUUUGCGCAGAUGCAGCGGGAGGAGUUCAUCAGCAAGAAGCUGGGUCUGCAAGAGGAUCUGGAGGACAUGCGCAUGGAGGCUGCGCACAAGAAACAGAAAAUGGCCAAAAAAACGGAGCAAACGCAUCGACGACGACGACGAUGACUAAUCUCAAAUAUCCGUAAUGCAAGCUUGAACGGGGGCAUCCUAUCCCAUUGUGUUAUUGUAUAUGGAGGAUGUUUUCCGGAGUUCAAGUUCAAGCGAUGCUGAAUCCAGGAGCUGUGCCUAUUAAGUUAUUCAAUCGGCCAGUUAUUGUUUAACUAAUUAGUUUAGUAAAAGUGUACCCAACACACACAAAAAAAAAACACACAUAGUAGGUAGGUGCGCAUAUAUAUAUAUAUAUAUAUAUAUAUAGAUAUCGUCUAUUUUGAAAUCUAAAAAACCCAACUUAAAACUAACUUCGGCUUGCCGAUAGCUAUUUAACAAUAAUACCCUCGUAAAGGCCUACAUAUAUUUCACUUUCGGUUUUCCGUUUGAAGAUUUCAGAAUGCAAAUCGAUUUUCAUGACCCAUUGGCAUUAAACGUGAAGUUUUCGAAUUCCAAUACCCAUUGUCUUUAAACCUGAAGUUUUCGCUUUAAAUAAGAAUGUAAAUCGAAUUCCAUGUUUGGUUGAGUGCUUAAAUGACCCUUUGGCUUUAAAACCUUCCGAAAAAAGUGUGUUUUGUUGCCUUGUAGAGGGUAUUUUUCCGCGAAAUUUGUCAUUCGUAAAUUUGUAAAACUUUUUUGUACACACUGGUCUGGUGUUUUCUUCUAUUUUUUGGCUUUACACCAAUGCAAUGUACUUUAGAUAGGCCCAAAUAAAUAUUUAUAGUACCAAUCCAAGGCCUAUCUGAUGUUUAUAAUUUGGAAUUACUAAACUGGAAACUGAGUCAUCCAUGGAGAUAUCGUUUGAUUGGUUGCUUAAUUACAUAAUUUUUAUUGAAUUUAAAUUUAUUUUUACACCUGAUUUUGUUUAUUUUUUAAAUGAUACAGAUCUCUUCUCAGGGACUGUAUGGAUUGAUAUUGUAUUAUGUUAAUGAAAAUUGUGUUAACGUAAUUUGUUAAUU